UAUCAAUGACAUCAUGGACAACUCUACUAUUAUGAUUAGACCUUCGUUAGCUAUUCAACAUUGACGAGUUUUACUGACAGCACAGAAAAUUGCCUAUUUGUGUUUAGGUUACAAUUCCUUUCCCUUUGUAGUAUGGAACCCCUGUGAUGUUAAAAGCCACACGAGAACAUGAUGCAUGCCAAUGCGUGUGCGAAUGUAAACGUGUGAUGGCUUUUCUUUACUUGUUUGGAUUUCAAAGCAAAGCCGACAGCGAAUAAAAAAUGUGAAACGUGGGCUAGACCAUGACGUCACACGGUGGAAUCUCACUUUAGAAAGAUUUCUGACAAGUACUCCUAUUGGGAGCUUCCGCUUUAACGUAAAAACGACGUGGCUGUAUAGAACAUUACAUCUUGCGAACUGCAGCUUCAUCGUAGUCUACGUGUAACGAAAAAAUAUUUCUCUCUACCCCAGCUGCCUGAUUUGGACAUCGCUGAUAGUAACGCUUUACUGACGUUAUAGCUUGUUGAAUGUUUGAAUAUUUUUGUGUGACGUAACGUAAUUUGUCGUUGGCCAAGAAAGAAAGAAAGCCGCCGUUGUUGCGUGGCUGUUUGUGAACUAACAUAUCAAGUCGUCGCGAUUUAAAUAGUUUUUCUAUCAUAUUUUUUAAGUGUCAGUCAGUUGUCUCUACUGUUUUGUGAAUGAGAAGGGAAGACGGCGAAAUGUCAUCGCGGGUUUACCGACAACAUUGUUAUUUGUGUGAUCUACCUCACACACCAUGGGCAAUGCUAACAGAAUUCUCAGAGCCGAUAUGUCGAGGUUGCUGUAACUAUGAAGGUGCCGAACGUAUUGAAUACGUUAUAGAACAUGCGAGGACGUUGAGAAAAAACUACGAAUUAGAAAAGGCAAAAGCAGAACAAGGAAAUUAUUCGAAUACUUCGCCUAGCCCGCCGUACGCGUCCAUGAAUGGACGUGCUCCAGCAACUAGCCCUAAUAGCGUAAUGGCCCAACGCAAAUAUUUUGCUUCUAAUGCAGCUUAUGCAUCGGCCAUGGGUCGUGGUGAACCUAUUCCUAAAGGUAUUUCGUCUAGUUUAUAUCCUUCUCGUGUUAGCGCGGCACCGUUGCCAUUAGUGAAAAUCGAAGGGAACCCGAAUGGUCGUGGCUACGCUCUGCCUGCCUCUGUUAGCAUGAAUGCCGUAAUUUCUAAUGUUAGACAGCCGAGUGAAUGUGACGAUGCAACAAGAAAAGGAUUUCCUUCUGCUUUGGUUGCCGGUUUUCCUCAUCCCGGUGGACAUCACGAAGAACAGCCAAGACUUGUACGGGAAACACUGGCAACAUUAAAUCAAUCUACUCCAUUUGAUUUGCGUUUUAAGAAAGAUCCAUCGCUUCGUGCCAGAGCAAUGCAUUUCGACGUAUUUAACAAAUCACAUGCACCGGGUCUAGGCGAUUUCGAAAUGAAGAUUUUCAUCGAGUAUCCUUACGGGUCUGGGAAUUUCAUACAAAGUGCAUCUGGCGCAGCAAAACAGAUGCAAAACGACAGUAUUAAAGAUGUUGUAAAGAGUAGUGCUUCGUCUGGCUGUAAGGCAUUGGAAUACGAGAAAAUACACGGCUCUGGUGAAUGGAUUACUCUUAGUGACUUAAUAUCAGAGAGUGUACGGUGUUUCAAAGAACCUGUAAACACAGACUUACUACCAACGCCUUAUCGUGAAGGCGACAUAGCAAAUUCUCCUUAUAUUAGUAGAAAUCGCGUACCGCGAAAACGAAGAGUGACGCCGGAUUUGGAUGGUGAAAGCGAUCCCAUGGCGAAGCAAGCAAAAGAUGAUCAAAAAAGAGCCGGCGAUCCUAGUAAAAAUGUCAUGUCAUCCAUGGGCCUUCCUUCCAGUAACACAAGCACAGCAAUUCCUUCCGCCUCGGUACCACCAAUGGUGUCAACAAGACCAGGAGGGGGUCCAGGUAAUGUUGACAGUCGAAAUCGUGGCAUUCCUGAUCAUAGUCGACUACAUAAUGGAAUAGGUGAUCCUAUGAGCGGAGGGAAAAUGCCUCCAACAUCGUCUAUGGACAAGAACUCUGGUAUGGGUACUGUCAAAGAUCAGCCAACCGUCACUCCUGGUGUUUUGACUUGUGUAUUAUGUAAUGGACGAUUAGAAGAUACUCAUUUUGUACAAUGUCCUUCAGUAAGUCAUCAUAAGUUCUGUUUCCCAUGUUCUCGUAAAAGUAUAGUUUCUCAAAAAUCAGAAUCGGCAGAGGUGUUUUGUCCGAGCGGUGAACGUUGUCCCCUGCAAGGCAGUAAUCUACCAUGGGCUUUCAUGCCUGAGGAAAUUAAGACUAUAGAAGGUUAUGGAGUAACACAAAAUGGUAAAGACAAAGAAAAGUAAAGUGUUGCUACAAUUGGAGAUGAUGUGAAAGCUCCUCGACGUCCUUGAACGUUCUUGUCAUUUUCCCAAUUCGAUUUCAAUGUUCAAAUUUUAUGAUUGUGUUCUGCGUUGAAAAUUUGUAAUAUAAUUCCUUUAAAAUGCUGAAACUUGUGUAUAGGGCUUGAUUACAUUAAAAGAUAUUCAUUACUUUCAUUUUCUGCGGCAGUUUUUCCUAAAGGUUUUUAUGUUUAUUCCUAGAAUUAUUUCGUAUAACUGAAGAAUGUGUUAAAUAUGCCCUUUUUGGGCUGAGGUCCUUUCUCUAUUUGUAUAUAUUCAUCCAUUCAAAUACAAAUACGUAUUACUUUUACAAAAAUUUACAAUUAUUGGAAGUAUAAUGAGAUUUUCGUAAAAAGCUUGCAAA